AUGUCUUCCGAAGCAGCACAACAGGUCCAGCUGAACAGCUUCGACACCAUCUUCUCACUCGAUGGUAAAGUCGCCGUUGUAACGGGUGGUUCGAGGGGAUUAGGAUUACACGCCGCGAGCGGCCUCCUCCAAGCAGGCUGCUCAAAAGUCUACAUCUCCUCCCGCAAAGCCAAAGCCUGCGACGAAGCCGUCGCAGCCCUCAACGCCCUCCCCAACAAACGCCCCGGUGCGCAAGCAAUCUCCGUCCCCGCCGACGGCUCGCGCGUGGAGGAAAUCGAACGCCUCGUGGCAGAGGUCAGCAAGACGACGGACCACGUCGAUAUCCUCUUCGCCAAUGCCGGUGCUACGUGGGGCGAGAAGUUCGAGACGCAUCCGCCCGCGGCGUUUCAUAAGGUCAUGCAGUUGAAUGUUUUUGGGGUGUUUUAUUUGAUUCAGAAAUUCUCUCCCCUCCUCACCAAAACCGCAACAAAAGAAAACCCGGCCAGAGUCAUCGUCACUGGCUCCGUGGCAGGCCUAGGCGUCGGCACGCUCGGCGACAACGCGACAUUCAGCUAUUCCGCCUCCAAGGCCGCCGUGAUCCAUCUCACCAAGAACCUUGCCGUUGAGCUGGGACCGCGCCAUAUUCUCUGCAAUGCCGUUGCGCCGGGUUUCUUCCCGUCCAAGAUGGCGGGGGGCUUGUUGGAGUUGCAGGGGGGGUGA